CAGGAUGAGAAGAUGGCAGACUUCCUGUUACGUCGGGGCACCAGCAGCUUCCGCAGGUUCACCCGGGAGUCUCUGGCGGCCAUCGAGAAGCGCAUGGCAGAGAAGCAGGCCCGAGGUUCGGCCACCUCGCAGGAGAGCCGAGACGGGCUGCCCAAGGAGGAGGCUCCCCAGCCCCAGCUGGACCUGCAGGCCUCCAAAAAGCUGCCGGAUCUCUAUGGCAACCCACCCCGAGAGCUCAUUGGGGAGCCCCUGGAGGACCUGGACCCCUUCUAUAGCACCCAAAAGACCUUCAUCGUCCUGAACAAAGGCAAGACCAUCUUCCGGUUCAGUGCCACCAACGCCUUGUAUGUCCUCAGCCCCUUCCACCCCAUCCGGAGAGUGGCCGUGAAGAUCCUCGUUCAUUCAUAUCCUUGGCACAUGCUCAUCAUGUGUACCAUCCUGACCAACUGCGUGUUCAUGGCCCAGCACGACCCUCCACCCUGGACCAAAUAUGUCGAGUACACCUUCACUGCCAUCUACACCUUUGAGUGUCUGGUCAAAAUUCUGGCUCGAGGCUUCUGCCUGCAUGCGUUCACCUUCCUUCGGGACCCGUGGAACUGGCUGGACUUCAGUGUGAUCGUCAUGGCAUACACCACUGAAUUUGUGGACCUGGGCAAUGUCUCAGCUUUACGUACCUUCCGAGUCCUCCGGGCCCUGAAAACUAUAUCAGUCAUUUCAGGCCUGAAGACCAUCGUGGGGGCCCUGAUCCAGUCUGUGAAGAAGCUGGCUGAUGUGAUGGUCCUCACGGUCUUCUGCCUCAGCGUCUUUGCCCUCAUCGGCCUGCAGCUCUUCAUGGGCAACCUGAGGCACAAGUGCGUUCGCAACUUCACGGUGCUCAGUGGCACCAACGGCUCCGUGGAAGCCGACGGCCUGGUCUGGGAAUCGCUGGACCUCUACCUCAACGACCCAGAAAACUACUUGCUCAAGAAUGGCACCUCUGAUGUGUUACUGUGUGGGAACAGCUCUGACGCUGGGACAUGUCCCGAGGGCUACAGGUGCCUGAAGGCAGGCGAGAACCCUGACUACGGCUACACCAGCUUCGACUCCUUCGCCUGGGCCUUCCUUGCGCUCUUCCGACUGAUGACGCAGGACUGCUGGGAGCGCCUCUACCAGCAGACCCUGAGGUCUGCAGGGAAGAUCUACAUGAUCUUCUUCAUGCUUGUCAUCUUCCUGGGCUCCUUCUACCUGGUGAACUUGAUCCUGGCUGUGGUUGCCAUGGCCUACGAGGAACAAAACCAAGCCACCAUUGCUGAGACAGAGGAGAAGGAAAAGCGACUCCAGGAAGCCAUGGAGAUGCUCAAGAAAGAGCAUGAGGCCCUCACCAUCAGGGGUGUGGACACCGUGUCCCGCAGCUCCUUGGAGAUGUCCCCUUUGGCCACAGUAGUCUCCCACGAGAGAAGGAGCAAGCAGAGAAAACGAAUGUCUUCAGGGUCGGAGGAGUGUGGGGAUGACAGGUUCCCCAAGUCCGACUCGGAGGAUGGUCCCCGAGCAGUGAAUCAUCUCAGCAUCACCCACGGCCUCAGCAGGACCUCCUUGAAGCCACGCUCCAGCCAUGGAAGCAUUUUCACCUUCCGCCGACGGGACAUGGGUUCUGAGACAGAUUUUGCAGAUGAUGAAAACAGCACAGCCGGGGACAGUGAGAGCCACCGCACAUCACUGCUGGUGCCUUGGCCCCUGCGCCGGCCUAGUGCCCAGGGACAACCCAGUCCCGGAACCUCAACUCCAAGCCACGUCCUCAAUGGCAAAAGGAACAGCACUGUGGACUGCAAUGGGGUGGUCUCCUUGCUGGGGGCAGGCAACCCUGAGGCCACUUCCCCAGGGAGCCGCCUCGUCCGCCCUAUGAUGCUGGAGCGCCCCCUGGACACGACCACACCGUCGGAGGAGCCAGGCAGGCCUCAGAUGCUGACCCCCCAGGCUCCGUGUGUGGAUGGCUUCGAGGAGCCAGGAGAGCGGCGGCGAGCCCUCAGUGCAGUCAGCGUCCUCACCAGUGUACUGGAAGAGUUGGAGUCUCACCGCAAGUAUCCGCCAUGCUGGAAUCGCUUCGCCCAGCGCUACCUGAUCUGGGAGUGUUGUCCACUGUGGAUGUCCGUCAAGCAGAGAGUGAAGUUCAUGGUCAUGGACCCAUUCGCCGACCUCACCAUCACCAUGUGCAUCGUGAUUAACACACUCUUCAUGGCACUGGAGCAUUACAACAUGACAACUGAAUUUGAGGAGAUGCUGCAGGUCGGAAACCUGGUCUUCACAGGGAUCUUCGCAGCAGAGAUGACCUUCAAGAUCAUCGCCCUGGACCCCUACUACUACUUCCAGCAGGGCUGGAAUAUCUUCGACAGCAUCAUCGUCAUCCUCAGCCUCAUGGAGCUGGGCCUGUCCCGCAUGGGCAACUUGUCGGUGCUUCGCUCCUUCCGCCUGCUUCGGGUCUUCAAGCUGGCGAAGUCCUGGCCCACCCUGAACACACUCAUCAAGAUCAUCGGGAACUCAGUGGGGGCACUGGGCAACCUGACGCUGGUGCUGGCCAUCAUCGUGUUCAUCUUCGCUGUGGUGGGCAUGCAGCUCUUUGGCAAGAACUACUCAGAGCUGAGGCACCGCAUCAGUGACUCAGAUUUGCUGCCUCGCUGGCACAUGAUGGACUUCUUCCAUGCCUUCCUCAUCAUCUUCCGCAUCCUCUGUGGUGAAUGGAUCGAGACCAUGUGGGACUGCAUGGAGGUGUCUGGGCAGUCACUGUGCCUGCUGGUCUUCUUGCUUGUUAUGGUCAUUGGCAACCUCGUGGUCCUGAACCUCUUCCUGGCUUUGCUGCUCAGCUCCUUCAGUGCAGACAACCUCACAGCCCCUGACGAGGACGGGGAGAUGAACAACCUCCAGCUGGCCCUGGCCCGCAUCAAGCGGGGCCUCCGCUUCAUCAAGCGGGCCACCUGGGACUUCUGCUGUGGGCUUCUGCAGCGGCGGGCUCAGAAGCCUGUGGCCCUCGCCACCCAGGGCCAGCUGCCCGGCUGCAUCACCACCUCCAGCCCCCCACCACCCUCAGAGACAGAGAAGGUGCUGCCAGCCCACAAGGAGACACGGUUUGAGGAGGGCCAACGGCCAGGCCAGGGCACACCCGGGGAUCCAGAGCCCGUGUGUGUGCCCAUCGCCGUGGCCGAGUCAGACACGGAUGACCAAGAGGAGGAUGAGGAGAACAACCUGAGCACAGAGGAAGAGUCCAGCAAGCAGCAGGAAUCCCAGCCUGUAUCUGGCAGCCCAGAGGCCCUCCCGGAGCCCAGGCCCUGGAGCCAGGUGUCAGAAACCACCUCCACUGGGGCCGAGGCCAGUGCAGCUCAGGCAGACCUGCGGCAGCAGCGGAGAACAGAGGUCCCAGCCCCAGGGUGCAGUGAGACACAUGAGAACAGUUACUCUGAGGGGAGCACAGCAGACAUGACCAACACUGCUGACCUCCUGGAGCAGAUCCCCGACCUCGAAGAGGAGAUCAAGGAUCCAGAGGACUGCUUCACUAAAGGCUGUGUCCGGCGCUGUCCCUGCUGCACCGUGGACACCACGCAGGCCCCAGGGAAGGUCUGGUGGAGGCUGCGCAAGACCUGCUACCACAUCGUGGAGCACAGCUGGUUCGAGACGUUCAUCAUCUUCAUGAUCCUGCUCAGCAGUGGAACGCUGGCCUUCGAGGACAUCUACCUGGAGGAGCGGAAGACCAUCAAGAUCCUGCUGGAGUAUGCCGACAAGAUGUUCACCUACAUCUUCGUGCUGGAGAUGCUGCUCAAGUGGGUGGCCUAUGGCUUCAAGAAGUACUUCACCAAUGCCUGGUGCUGGCUCGAUUUCCUCAUUGUGGACGUCUCACUGAUCAGCCUGGUGGCCAACGCGCUGGGCUUUGCUGAGAUGGGCCCCAUCAAGUCACUGCGGACCUUGCGUGCGCUCCGACCCCUGCGAGCCCUGUCACGAUUUGAGGGCAUGAGGGUUGUGGUCAAUGCCCUGGUGGGCGCCAUCCCCUCCAUCAUGAACGUCCUCCUCGUCUGCCUCAUCUUCUGGCUCAUCUUCAGUAUCAUGGGCGUGAACCUCUUCGCGGGGAAGUUUGGGAGAUGCAUCAACCAGACUGAGGGAGACCUGCCCUUGAACUACACCAUCGUGAACAACAAGAGCGACUGUGUGUCUUUCAACGUGACUGGCGAAUUGUAUUGGACCAAGGUGAAAGUCAACUUUGACAACGUGGGAGCCGGGUACCUGGCCCUUCUGCAGGUGGCAACAUUUAAAGGCUGGAUGGACAUCAUGUAUGCAGCUGUGGACUCCAGGGGGUAUGAAGAGCAGCCCCAGUGGGAAUACAACCUCUACAUGUACAUCUACUUUGUUAUUUUCAUCAUCUUCGGGUCUUUCUUCACCCUGAACCUUUUCAUCGGUGUCAUCAUUGACAACUUCAACCAGCAGAAGAAAAAGAUACGGGGCCAGGACAUCUUCAUGACAGAGGAGCAGAAGAAGUACUACAACGCCAUGAAAAAGCUGGGCUCCAAGAAGCCCCAGAAGCCCAUCCCACGGCCCCUGAACAAGUACCAAGGCUUCAUAUUCGACAUUGUGACCAAGCAGGCCUUCGAUGUCACCAUCAUGUUUCUCAUCUGCUUGAACAUGGUGACCAUGAUGGUGGAGACAGAUGACCAGAGCCCUGAGAAGGUCAACAUCUUGACCAAGAUCAACCUGCUCUUCGUAGCCAUCUUCACAGGCGAAUGUAUCAUCAAGAUGGCUGCCCUGCGCUACUAUUACUUCACCAACAGCUGGAACAUCUUUGACUUCGUGGUUGUCAUCCUCUCCAUCGUGGGCACUGUGCUCUCAGACAUCAUCCAGAAGUACUUCUUCUCCCCAACGCUCUUCCGAGUCAUCCGCCUGGCCCGGAUCGGCCGCAUCCUCAGGCUGAUCCGCGGGGCCAAGGGCAUCCGCACGCUGCUCUUUGCGCUCAUGAUGUCCCUGCCCGCCCUCUUCAACAUUGGGCUGCUGCUCUUCCUGGUCAUGUUCAUCUACUCCAUCUUCGGCAUGGCCAACUUCGCCUACGUCAAGUGGGAGGCUGGCAUUGAUGACAUGUUCAACUUCCAGACCUUCGCCAACAGCAUGCUGUGCCUCUUCCAGAUCACCACGUCAGCAGGCUGGGACGGGCUCCUCAGCCCCAUCCUCAACACGGGGCCUCCCUACUGCGACCCCAACCUGCCCAACAGCAACGGCUCCCGGGGGAACUGUGGGAGCCCCGCCGUGGGCAUCCUCUUCUUCACCACCUACAUCAUCAUCUCCUUCCUCAUUGUGGUCAACAUGUACAUCGCCAUCAUCCUGGAGAACUUCAGUGUGGCCACGGAGGAGAGCACGGAGCCCCUGAGCGAGGAUGACUUCGACAUGUUCUAUGAGAUCUGGGAGAAGUUUGACCCGGAGGCCACCCAGUUCAUUGAGUAUUCGGCCCUGUCCGACUUUGCUGACGCCCUGUCUGAGCCGCUCCGAAUCGCCAAGCCCAACCAGAUAAGCCUCAUCAAUAUGGAUCUGCCCAUGGUGAGCGGGGACCGUAUCCACUGCAUGGACAUCCUCUUUGCCUUCACCAAGAGGGUUCUGGGUGAGUCUGGGGAGAUGGACGCCCUGAAGAUCCAAAUGGAGGAGAAGUUCAUGGCGGCCAACCCGUCCAAGAUCUCGUAUGAGCCCAUCACCACCACACUCCGGCGCAAGCAUGAGGAGGUGUCGGCCACGAUCAUCCAGAGGGCCUUCCGCAGGCACCUGCUGCAGCGCUCCAUGAAGCACGCCUCCUUCCUCUUCCGGCAGCAGGCGGGCGGCAGCGGCCUCUCUGAAGAGGAUGCCCCCGAGCAGGAGGGCCUCAUCGCCUACAUGAUGAACGAGAACUUCUCCCAGCGCCUUGUCCCACCCUCCAGCUCCUCCAUCUCCUCCACGUCCUUCCCACCCUCCUAUGACAGCGUCACCAGGGCCACCAGCGAUAACCCCCAGGCGCGGGCAUCUGACUACAGCCCCAGCGAGGAUCUCACGGACAUGCCCCUGUCCCCAGACAGGGACCGUGAAUCUGUUGUGUGA